GGGGAGAGGCUGAGGUGCGCCGCCGGGUCGCGGUAGCGACACCAUGAUCAACCCCCACUACUACCCGUGGGAGUACGACGGCGACAACGGACCAGAUCAGUGGCACAAAAAUUACCCGAUUGCCAAAGGACGCCAUCAGUCACCUAUCGAAAUCAAUAACAAAGAUGUGCAUUACGAUCGCUCCCUACUGCCGUGGUUUGCUAGUUACGAUCCUGGUGCAGCUAAGACCAUCCUCAAUAAUGGGAAAACUUGCAGAGUUGUAUUUGACGAUUCAUUCGAUAGAUCAGUGCUGAGAGGUGGGCCUCUUCCAGGAGUCUACAGGCUGCGUCAGCUUCAUUUUCACUGGGGUUCAUCUGACGACCAUGGCUCUGAGCAUGUUGUGAAUGGGAUGAGAUAUGCAGGCGAGCUACAUUUAUUACACUGGAAUCCCAAAUACAGUAAUUACCUUGAUGCUGUGAGAAGAACUGAUGGAAUAGCUGUUUUGGCCAUAUUUUUGCAAGUAGGAAAAACUCCCAAACCAGAGAUGAAGAGAAUUCUUGAAGAAAUAAAUGCUAUCAGAACAAAGGGGAAAGCAGCUCCUUUUCCAAACUUCGAUCCUUCAAUUCUUUUCCCUAAAUCUCAUGACUACUGGACAUACCAUGGGUCUUUCACCACUCCACCUUGUGAAGAGUGCAUCACCUGGAUUGUUCUUAGAGAGCCUAUCAUAGUCAGCUCAGACCAGAUGGCGAAGCUCCGCAGCCUGUCCAAGAAUGCCGAGAAUGAACCUGACCUGCCCCUGGUUGAUAACUGGCGUCCAACUCAGCCGCGGUACUUCAGGAUGGUGAGCGCAUCCUUCCUAUAGGACCUUAGGGUGGGCAUCCUUGGGUGAAGUGACCUCUAGGACUAAGAGGUGGUUCGAUUUGACGUCCUCUGUCGCAUUUAGACAGAGCCCUAGCUGUAGC